UUUCUCAGAUGACAACAAACGGAGAAGAACCGAAGUCUGAGCUAAGAUAGAAUACAAGCUAGAAACUAAAGUUAAACUUAGCCUUUAGCCUUUGGUUAAAGUGCCAAAACAACGGUGCGCAAUUACGCACAGAAUAACAAUGAGUGCCACAACAGCAAUGGAAGUGAACAUCGAAGCCAGGCGGAUCCUGGCCGUGUCUAUAAGCAAGCUGUACGCCUCCAGGACCCAGAGAGGAGGACUGAGACUUCACCGGAGCCUCCUACUCUCCCUGGUCAUGAGGUCUGCCCGGGACAUCUAUCACUCUUCCCGGGAGAGCGAGGUCCCGAGCGGGGCGCAGUCAGCUCCGGAGGAGCCGAUGGACACCAGCUCCAACCCAGGGGAACAAACCCGGCUACCAGAGGCUCAGACAGAACCCCAGCCGGUACUUAACUCAACCGAAACGGCUCCAGAGGAGCCGGACAACACUGAGGACGGGUGUGAUAGCGAAAUCAUAGAGGACAAAGAGAACUUAAGCCCUGCCAAGCAGUCCAGGAAACGCCGGGGGAAGGCGUCGGCGGCGCCUGACUUCCUCCCGAGUAAGAGGGCGAGGCUGGAGCCCGGGGAAGAGAGGUAUGAGGUCCCACUCGGCAGCUGUCGCGCCGGGGAGUCCCUGACCACUUUGUCUCUAAAUCGGGUUAUACCUGCCUUCUGAACAGAUGGAGGGAGAAAAUAGCCUCCUAUGGGGACUAGAGCGGAGUGAUUCUCUACUCCUCGUUAACCUAUAAGGGCGCUGUGAUCCCUUUGCUCACCGCGGAGCUGACCUACAUCAGCAGUCCCGGGACAGUGGGAUUACCGGGGCACUGGUCCGAGCUCUCCGGUCAAUCACAGUGUGCCUGCUGGGCUUGUAAAGCCCCCACAGAGAACAACAAAGCACACAAGAAGAAGAAGCGGGCCGGCAAGAGAGACGGCGGAAAGUUUGAGGAAGAACCCGAAGGGGAACUGGUUGUGUUGCUUUUUGUUUCCUGGUGAUUCACCUUCAGUUGAAUGAGUCCAAACAAGUGACUGCCGCUGACUCAAAGUGUGUGUAUGUGUGAAUCAGCAGAAAGAGACUUGAGUCAGACAGAGAAGAAGUGAAGUGGUUAACAGUUGACCAUAAACCAGUACACACACACAUACACACAAAACCGGGACUUCAGGGAUUUCCCGGCCUUUACACCCGGAUAUCACACUGAAACACUGUUAAGAGGAAGGACAGUUGAGGCAGACACACUGCUGCGCACACAUUUACAUGCACGUUCAUCUGCUGCUGCUGUGGACUUUGAUAAAUCGAUACUACUGCUUGGGGGACUGUCCUACAUACUGUGUUCACAUGGCUGUCCACGUGGGGUUGGAAGCCCAUUAAUUUAAACUGUGUGUGUUUUAAUGUCAUUGAAACCACCUUGUUCACGUCUCGUCUGUGAAAUGAUGUUACCUCACAUUCAAAGCUGCUCUUUUAUUCAUGUGACUGAAUUAAUGUUGUAAAUAUUUCUAAUAAACAUGUAGAAAGGUUAA